UGGAAUGUGACACAGUAACGCCCAGUUCAUGGUCCUGCUGCACCAGUUCCAACCCUCCACCUGUUCUGCUGCACCCGGCCGCUGACUGCUGACAGCUCGCUCUCCUGUCAGCUCACUGUCGGAUCCAGAUCCUGCGCCUCGUCAUGAUCCCGCUCAGCAACAGAAGUGAUAACCAGAUCAGCGAUUUGCUGACAGACUACGGCAUCAAGCAUGGACCAGUAGUGAAAUCCACUCGACAUCUGUAUGAGAGGAAGCUGGAGGAGGCCAUAGCCAGCGACCGGACCUUCUACAGAGAAGAAGAGGAGGAAAUCACCGACAUCAUAUGUCGCCAUCCGAGGAGAAGGAAGACCUCUGCCAGGCCGUCAGCACGGUUUUUGCCCGGCUCUGAGCAGAACGGAGAUCAGCCGCCGGACCAAGCUGGAGAGAUUCAUUCGUCCGGGAUCGACCAAAGCAGCGGCGCCGAGCCGUCCGAUGAUCCGAAACCGGAAGAGCAACUCACAGGGACGGAGCAAGGAAGCAGCACUGAACUGGAUCAACAGAUCCAACAGAAGCUUCAUCUUGUGUCUGUGAAGAUGAGUCACACAACAACAACCAGUCACAGCAAACUGGAAGUCAGAGGGCCAAUCAGACGGCAGGCGGCAGGAAAGAUACGGGUGGUGGUCCCAGCGGUGCUGGUGCUGACUGCGUUAGCAGCUGGAUGCUACUACAUCCUCACCACUGUAAUGUGACAGAGGAUUCCUGGCUUUGUAUUUCUGAUUUAUGUUUUUUUUUCUUCUCUCAGAAUGUAAUGUUUCACCCAAUUAGUCAGAUCAGAAAUCCUUAAAUGUCUAAAGUUCACACUCCAUUUCACCACUGUGUCUGCUGAAACAUGCUCCUUUAUUAUUAAGACCAUGAUUUAAUCUAUUUCCAUACUAAGCUACACCUGCCUGCCAUCACUUCUGUGUGCUCACUGGUCUUUCCCGUGAGCGUACUGCUGUGUUUGUGUUCCUGCUCCAUCUUCUGAGCCCUAACUGGAUCACAGAGCAUGGUGGCCUCUCACACUGACUCUGGUUCUGCUUUAGGCUACUUACUGUUGGAAGCGAGUCGUUUCUUCCCCCUGUUGCCAUGUGCUUGAUCCCUGUUACAGAUUGCUGCAAGGUGAUCCAGAGGAAUCAGUCCCUUAGAUUGAUAACUUCUUCCAAUUUGCAUUAACAACUGCAUUUGAGUGAACUGGAUUAUGAACAGGAUAGAACUGAAUUUAUGUACCUGAAAGGGAAUCUGUGUGUGACAACACCAAAUAAAACUGGAUUGAAUUCAA